GGGAGUUUGCAUUGUGGAUUUUUUUUCCGGGCAGCCGUGCGCAGCCGCAGUGUAGGCGAACCGGUGUGCGCUAGAGCUGCUACAAAGAGGCGUGAGAGGAGUUUUGCAGGAUAAAACUCUCGAGUCGGUCUUUCUGCUGUAGACGGGUAGUUCGUGCUCUCUCCCUCCGCACCUGCUCCGGAGACGCUGCAGAUCCUCGGGUGGGCUUCGGCUGGGGGAAACAGUCAGUACCUGGCACGUCCGUCCCGCACUGGGAGCCGCCUCCUUGAGACCCCCUCCUCCCCGCUUGCAGGAACUCGCAGGGGAGUUCCUCCUCCCGGUUACUAGCAGGUUAAAGCACAGCGAGGUUGCAUGCCUGAUUGGACUGGAUGCUUGAUUUGCAUGAGUCCUAACAAUCAGUUUCUGGAUUUGUGAGCAAGCAUGGCCCAUCCAGCAAAUAUUAAUAGCAGUUCCAGAGAAAAAGAUGAAAAUGUUCUGAAUGGAGAGGAUGACAGAAAUCAGAAGGAUCCCUAUUUUGUGGAAACGCCUUAUGGUUACCAGCUUGAUUUGGAUUUUCUCAAGUAUGUGGAAGAUAUACAAAAAGGAAAUACUAUAAAAAAACUGAAUAUACAGAAAAAACAGAAAGUGACACCCCCUUUUGCAGCUGUCAAAAACAACUCCAACCAAUACAGUGGAUGGACAUCAAAUGAAUCUCUUUCUUCAUCCAACAGUGAUGAAAACAAACAUUCAUCUUCACUCUUUACAGCACGAAGCCCAGCAGCAGUCUCCAUAAGACCAUCCUUGUCCCUUGAAGCCUCUCCAAACUUCCUAACUAUCCCUGAAAGCAAACAGCUACUGCCUCCUUCACCACAGCUGCCUAGGCACAACCUUCGUGUCACAAAAACUCUAAUGGAAACACGAAGAAGAUUGGAACAGGAAAAGAUUGCAAUGCAGGCGAUCCCAGGAGAAGUUCGAAGGCCUAGGCUUUCCAGUUUUGGAGCCAUGGGCUCAACAAGUUCACUUCCUUCCUUUGUAGGAUCCAGUGGACACAACCAGAUGUCUCAACAGUUUCAGAACGGAUGUCAGGGUAAUGGAGACUAUAAUCUUUAUCUCGCAUCCUCUUUAGGGAGUUCUAUCCGGCAUAGCCCCUUGAGUUCAGGUAUAUCAACACCUGUGACCAAUGUGAGUCCAGUGCACCUGCAGCACAUCAGGGAACAAAUGGCAAUUGCCCUCAAACGCCUCAAGGAGCUUGAGGAACAAGUCAAGACUAUUCCUGUGCUUCAUGUCAAGAUUUCAGUAUUGCAGGAAGAGAAAAGGCAGAUGAUGGAAAAGCUCAAAAGCCAAAGAAUAGUUAACCAGAAUGACACAGGCCAUUUCAGAAAGAGAUCUUAUAGUGCAGGAAAUGCAGAGCAAUGGAAACAUCUCUCUCCAGUCAGAGGGGGUGGGGAGCUCUAUAUAGACUGUGAGGAAGAUAUGGGAAGUGUAGAACAUAGCUCAGAGAGGGUAGAAGAGUUCAGGCAGUUGACUGCUGAAAUGCAAGCCUUGGAGAAGAAAAUUGAGGACAGCAGUUAUGAUAUUCCAUCUAACCUGCGAGUGAACCGAGCAAGUGUAACAAAAGAGAACAGAACAGUUGCUGUGGGUGCAGAGGAAAAUAUGAAUGAUGUUGUUGUAUACAACAGAGCUUUGAGAACAUGCAGGGAUGUAGCAAUAGGAACAGAGCACAAGACUAAAGAUUCUAGUGUUGGGGUGACAGAAGGGAUGCUAGGCCUGUCUACUGAGGCUGAAAGAGAAAUAGAGCUCCAGCAUCAGACCAUUGAAGGACUCAAAGGGAAAAUCUACCGGCUGGAGGUUCAGUUGAGGGAAACUACUCAUGAUAGGGAGAUGACCAAAUUAAAGCAUGAGCUUAAGGCAGCUGGAUCCAGGAAAAAAAUGGACAAGGCACUGAUGGUGCAACCCCUUGCCUUCAGCAGAGCAGUGGAAGCAGUAGUACAAACAAAAGACCAAAUGGUGGGAGUUCACGUGGAUGUUGUUGAUUCAUGUGUGGGGAGUGAUCUCCAGAUGAGCAGCAUUGGAGUAUUGUGUAGGCCUCAAUUGCAGAGCUCAGCUGUGGGUCCAGAUGUGCCCAUGAAUUGGUGGAUUGUGAAGGAGAGAAAAGAAAUGUGUGAUCGGAGCACUGGGAGCUCUGUUGAGGUAUGCAACCAGUGGGUGGGCACAGAAAUGACUGUCUGUGAAACUGGGGUCAAUACAGAGGAAUCUGUGGAUAGCCUAAGCUUGCGCAAGACAGAAUUGGAAAUCAAGGAAGUUCGGUCAAUAGGCUGUGGAGACUGUCACAUCCAAACAGUCUGUCCAGGAAGUGAGACCAUUUCCCGCAGCACAAACACAGAGCCUGGUUGCAAAGCAGAUUCUGGAGUCAUGGUGGUACCUCAUACAGCUACCCAGGGAACCAAUACAGUAUUAGAACAAGCUGACCAAUUCACCAACACAGAAAUGGCUACCUUGACAGAUUCCAGCACCAACACUUUCCUGAGCACGUACGAUAAACAGACAAACACUGUGACGCUUGAGAUGAGGACAGUGGCUGUGGGCGAUGGUAGGGUCAAGGAUGUAAAUACAGCUGCUAAAACGCGUUCCAUUGGUGUGGGAACUCUGCUUUCUGUCACUGCUAGCUUUGAUAGGCCUUCCCUGACGAAGACCAAAGAUUGUGGAGUGGGGCAGAUCAAUAUUAAUGAGAACUAUCUGGUUGGCCUUAAAAUGAGAAAUAUUGCCUGCGGUCCUCCUCCGGUAUCUGUGGCACCACCCAGCACUAGAAGCAUUGGUGUUGGGGAUGAAUCAGUGUCAGAAUGGGGGAACCUUGGGCUGGAUAGUCCUUUCCCUCAGCCUGAGAUGAAGACCGGCUUGGAUCACUACAUUGAACGAGUUCAAAAGCUUGUUCAAGAACAGCAGAUGCUUCUUGCUGAAAACUAUGCUGAGCUAGCAGAUGCUUUUGGAGAGCCUCACUCACAAAUUGGAUGUCUUAAUUCUCAGCUCAUCAGCACUCUGUCUUCCAUCAAUUCUGUCAUGAAAUACGCAAGCACAGAGGAACUGCGCAACUUAGACAUAUCGAAGCAAUGCAUUGAGAAAACUACUGCAACAGAAGAUAAUUUGCUGCAUGCUCCUCAUGGCCACCUUGGUAGUUCACAUUUAGUUUCAAGCUCCCAAAUAUUAAAACUGGGACAGGAAACUGGGAGAAAAAAUGAAGAGAAGACCACUGUAGUAGGAGCAGGAGAGGACAGGACAGCUUCGCCUUCCCAAGACAGCACCAUGUCUCCAAUUAAUCUUACAGAUGACCAGCUUGCCUCUGGGCUUUAUGUAUGUGCAAAUGAGGGCAUGUUGAAGUCUAUCAUGAAGAAAAAGGAUGGAAAAAAGGAUGAGAAUGCGAAAAAGAAUCUGCAGUUUGUUGGUAUAAAUGGAGGGUAUGAAACAACAUCAAGUGAUGAUUCUAGUUCAGAAGAAAGUUCGUCGUCAGAGUCUGAUGAUGAGUGUGUUGGGAAUGAAUAUGUGGAAAUUGAGGCAAAUGGCAGUUUGCUUGAGAUGGAAGGACAGCGUGAGAUAAACAAUGAAGUUAUUAAGUCUGCCAGGGUGGAAGAAACAGUGCCGGUUCAAGAGACUGAGAUGGAAAAAGUGGAAAUCCGCGAGAGGUAUGAACUGAGUGAAAAGAUGUUGUCUGCCUGCCAUCUUCUAAAAGGCAGCAUUGAUGAUCCAAAAGCUAUGAUCAGCAAAGAGAUACGAUUUUGUUUGAACACCAUCCAGCAUGAGUGGUUUCGUGUGUCAAGCCAAAAAUCAGCUGUUCCUGCAAUGGUUGGGGACUACAUAGAUGCUUUUCAAGAGGUUUCUCCUGCAGUCCUUAGAUAUAUUAUCAACAUGGCUGAUGGAAAUGGCAACACAGCUCUCCAUUACAGUGUCUCCCACUCUAACUUUGAAAUUGUGAAACUACUUUUAGAUGCAAAUGUCUGCAACGUAAAUCACCAGAACAAGGCUGGUUAUACUCCCAUUAUGCUGGCUGCCCUUGCAGCUGUAGACGCUGAGAAGGAAAUGAGAAUAGUGGAAGAGCUCUUUGCCUGUGGAGAUGUGAAUGCUAAAGCAAGUCAGGCUGGCCAAACUGCUCUAAUGCUUGCUGUGAGCCAUGGGCGAAUAGAUAUGGUGAAAGCUCUGCUGGCUUGCGGUGCAGAUGUCAACAUACAAGAUGAUGAGGGCUCCACUGCUUUGAUGUGUGCUAGUGAACAUGGACACGUUGAGAUAGUCAAACUUCUGUUGGCUCAGUCUGGAUGUAAUGGCACACUGGAGGACAAUGAUGGCAGCACAGCACUUUCAAUAGCCCUUGAAGCAGGGCACAAGGAUAUAGCUGUUCUUCUCUAUGCUCAUGUCAACUUUUCCAAAACCCAGUCCCCUGGCACCCCGAGGCUUGGAAGAAAGCCAUCUCCUGGUCCUACACAUAGAGGCGCAUUUGAUUGCUAAUGCAAAUAUAUAUGUAAACUGUAAUGUCACCUCCCCUAAGCUGCUAGCGGUUACUGUUUUACAGUGACAGAUAUUGAAUGUACUUUUCUUGUGCCUGAGCUCACCAGCAAACUGGAGGCAAAUGCCUAGAGCUAAAAGACAGAGAAGUAUCAAACAGGAAGAAAAAUCAGGGCAGCAUCCUUGUUAACAACAUUACUUAGGAUCAAUAUACAUGGUAUCACUAACAGGUGGGAUCUGCUUCACAUCACUCCCCAUGGUCAUGCAUGCGUGCCUCUCAUCGCACAGUUUGGGCAUUUUAUUGUUAUAAAGAAGCAAUUUACAUGCAGCCUCCAUGUGGUAACUGUACCCCUUUGAGUCUUUCUUUUGCUCACAUUUUCAGCCUCUAUGAAAUGGCGUAAAGUCUUUGCCUUCUGUUACUUGCACACAGUUUUAAGCUAUCUGUUCAGUUAUGACUGCUUUCCCUUAUGCAUCCCUGGACAAAAUCUUGUUGGCUAUUUUUUUAAAAAAAGGUAUGUUCUUUACAGAUAUUUAUAUUUGCUACUGUUGGAGUGGUUGGCAAGAACCCUUUUAUUAUAAAUUUCAUUCCAAAAUUAUUUGUGUGUUAAUGCUUAUUUUAAUUUUUUUUUUAAAUGGUAAUUGAUUUAUGUUGUCAGCUCUUUGGAAUGUCAGUCGAUGGGUUGAUGACUUAUCAGCAGAAGACAUGCCACAGGUUAUUGCUGCCGAUUUGUAUAGCUUUUAUAUAAAAGAUUUAAGUCAGUAUUUUUGACCCUUUUUAUUCCAUUGUAAUUAAAAUAACACAUUACACAAUUGUUACUAGAUUUUAUUAACUGUUAUAUCUACAUGAUCCCAGAGAUAUGUUGGAAGAUAUGGUCAUCUCUAGUGGAAUCAAGGGUAGUUCUGGGCACAUAUAUAUGGAAUGCUAAUGUUCACUUCAGUCAUACGCAUUUAAAUGUUUGAAGUGCCUUAGACUCUUGCCAUAUUUUCAAAAUAAAAUUUCUUUAUGCUAUUUUA